AUGUUAUCUACCUCGGGUACGUACUUGGUUGGUCUCACUACAAGAAAAAAGCAAUUCUGGGAGCAAAUGGAUGACGUGGUUCAAGAGAUACCUUUUGGGGAGAAGCUAUUUAUAGGAGGUGAUUUCAAUGGCCAUGUGGGAGUGCAAAAGCAAGGAUAUGAGAAAGUGUAUGGUGGCUUUGGAUUUGGUGACCUUAACGAAGGUGAUAGGAAGAUUUUAGAUUUCGCGGGAGGUAUUCCCGAACAGAUAGAAUUAGUAACGUGGUACGAGGGACCAUGGUAUAAAUAUAAUAAGAGCAGUGGCAUGCGAAGUCGCCGGCCAGAGAAUCUUGUUCGGCAAAGAGAAGGGCCGAACAGAGGGAGAGCUCCUGAGAAGACAUUAGCCCAAGUAAUUGAUGAAAGACGAGCUACAUGUGAAGUCACUGGUCCAAAUGGUCUGUUCGGUAAUGAAAUAACCGAGCAGAGGGGGAUCCUCUAG